GCGGCUACCAGGCGGCGGCCGCAGCCGCAGGAAAAUGCUGGAAGCCGGAGGGCGCGCGCGUAGGUGCUGAAGGGACAGUUCCUUCGUCAGAACUUGCUCCUGAGCGCACGGGGCACGUCAGAGAUGGAGACUAUUUGGAUCUAUCAGUUCCGCCUUAUCGUGAUCGGAGACUCUACGGUGGGCAAGUCGUGCCUUCUGCACCGCUUCACCCAGGGCCGCUUCCCAGGGCUGCACUCCCCCGCCUGCGACCCCACAGUCGGCGUGGACUUCUUCUCGCGCCUGCUGGAGAUUGAGCCGGGCAAGAGGAUCAAGCUGCAGCUCUGGGACACGGCGGGGCAGGAGCGCUUCAGAUCAAUAACGCGAUCCUAUUACCGCAACUCGGUUGGAGGAUUUUUAGUGUUUGACAUUACUAACCGACGGUCUUUUGAACAUGUGAAAGAUUGGCUAGAAGAAGCGAAAAUGCAUGUACAGCCUUUCCAGAUUAUAUUUCUACUGGUGGGACAUAAAUGUGAUCUAGCUUCAGAACGUCAGGUUUCCAGGGAGGAAGCUGAGAAGCUGUCAAGAGACUGUGGAGUGAAGUAUAUAGAAACCUCAGCAAAAGAUGCAACAAAUGUUGAAGAGUCCUUUACAAUCUUGACAAGAGACAUAUAUGAACUUAUUAAGAAAGGAGAGAUUUGUAUUCAGGAUGGAUGGGAAGGGGUUAAAAGUGGUUUCGUUCCAAAUACUGUGCAUUCUUCUGAGGAAGCAGUGAAGCCCAGAAAAGAGUGUUUCUGUUGACUUCAACCUGCUGAAGAACUACCACAGACAGACCAUGUCACUCUGGAUCAAUAUCAACGUUCACAGCAGAAUGACGCAAGGAGUGAACAUCUACAAACAUCCAGACCCGUUUCAUAAGCUGGUGGACACAACGCUGUGUCUCACCACAUACACACAGGCUGGGUGGUCUGCUAAGUUAGGAGGAAAGGGAGACAACUUUUCUCUUGAAACCAGGGUCUACAAAAUUACAUCCAUUCUCACUUGUUAGCAUAUAGCUGACCUUAAUGUCCAGACAUGUCAGUAUUAAUCAUCUUUCUAGACAGCUGAAAAUAGAAAUUUUUUAUACCCCUGUAAUCCAGCUGAAAAGAGUGUAUCAGGAUUUAUAUUCUCCUGAGUUAACUAGUAUUGAAUACAAAUUGCACUUGAAGGGCCAAUGAGGUGACCCCUGGGUAAAGAAGCUUGCCACCAAAUCUGAAGACUGUGUUUCAUCCCUGAAGUUCCUAUGUAGAAGGAAAGAACCCACUUCCCUUGAAGCUGUCCCCUAACUACAUGCACACUGUCAUACACAUAGCUGUCCCCUGACUAUAUGCACACUGUCAUACACAUAGCUGUCCCCUGACUACAUGCACACCGUCAUACACAUAGCUGUCCCCUGAC